AUGGGACUUGCCUACAACAUAUACCUCAAUUCACCACGCAUCUAUGGAUGCAAAAAGUGCAAGACGCAUUUGUCAAAUCCUGAUGACAUCAUUAGUCGGAACUUCCGUGGCCAACAUGGCAAGGCUUACUUGUUCAAUUCGGUUGUGAAUAUCAGUUUGGCGGAGGCUAUGGAGAGAAACAUGACAACGGGACGUCAUAUUGUGCGGGAUAUCAUGUGUAUUGAGUGCAAAGAAACUGUUGGAUGGAAAUAUGACAAGGCUUAUGAAAGUUCAGAGAAAUACAAGGAGGGAAAGUAUAUUUUGGAAGCGGAACUUCUAUGCCUGGUUUGCUGA